GGUAUCUCGUGAAGUUAUUAGCUGUUAUGACUGAUUCUGUGUCGUCGGCAGUUUCCUAUCCAUAUGCUCCCGGACCAUCUAAUUCUAAUCAUCCCUGUCAACCAGAUUGGCGUAUUGAAGCUUGUAAAUUAUUGGAGCAAGAAAUUGAUAAAUUAAAGGUGGAAAACGCAAGUUUAGCUCGUCAAACUUUUGUUCUAGCAUCAUGUGUAAAAGAUCUUUUAGCUGAAAUUGAAGCUCUUAAAACAUCUUCACCAAUUAAGCCGCUUGAUGAAGAAACGCUAACAGAACGUUUAUUACAUUAUCAAUCUAUUAUUGAAAAGAAGAAGCUAGCUGAUACUACUACUACUACUAAUACUACUACUACUACUAAUACUACAACUAAUGCUACUACUACUAGUACUAGUAGUAGUAGUACUGCUACUACUUUUCCAACUGUAAUAAAAGAUGAAAAUACAAAUAAAAGACCAAAAUAUUCUCCAAAGUAUACAGAAAUAAAGAAACACAGAAUAAGUGAACCGAAACAACUGCCUGUUCACAAUAAUUUAAAGCGCAAGUUGGAUAGCUUACCUAACCGAAAUUAUAACAAUAUUAAUUAUAAUAAUAAUAAUAACUAUUAUAAUAAAAAUAAUCGACCACCUUGUCAUAGGCGUUAUUCUAUGGAAUAUACAGAUGUAAAAGAUAUUGAAUCUGAAAAUCCUGAACUGGUCCGAACUGCUUUCAGACUAUUUGCCAAGCAUAUUGGUCCAUCGUUAAAACGUGAACAUCGUGUCAUGUUCAAUGCUCCACCAACUCAAGAUUGGUUAGCUAAUCAACUAUUAUCAAGAUGGGAAAAAUUGAGUUCAGCUGGAAAGUUAAAAUGGUGUAAUCGUGUACAAGCACUCCAAUGAUGAUAUACAAUGAUAAUCACUCCUUUUUUGUAAAUAAAACUGUAUAUUACAUCAAAAAUACCAUAUAUGUAUAUAUAUAUUUGUAUUUAAAGAGCUGAUCUGAAUAAUAAAUUAAAUAUUCCUACUAUUAUUCACACAUUUUAAGCAAUUGUAUGUUUGUUUGUCAAUUCAUCGAUCAUUUCUUGGGAGUUUAGCGUUUACUAUUUACUGUAACCGGACCGUGUCAUUCAGUUGACUCUCGUGACUUUUAAUUUCAAGGAACUAAUUGUCUGAUUUUUUAUGACACAGAACAAGCUGUUUUCUUACUACAUACUGUUAAAGUAAAAUACAU